AUGACGACGGAGGGAGGAGCCAUGGAGGGGACAGGGCUGAAGACUCCAGGGGGCCGACUGACGGGGGCGGAGCAGACAGGGACACAGAAGGACACGGUGGAGACAGAGGGAGUGAGGACCAAAGGGGAACUGAGGGGAGUGAGGAGUCCAACAGAGCCGAGGGGACGAGGCGUAGCUAGAGGAGAGGAGUCCAGAGGUGAGGGAAGGCCGACGAGGGACACAAGUGAAUCCGGGGGGACGAGGGAGCCUGGCGGAACUGGGGGACUGAGGGGCCAUGGUGGAGCUGAGGGAGGUAAGAGCCAAGGUGGAACAGAUGGAACGAAGGGCCGAGGUAGAGUCCUGGUUGAGGAGGUUGGAGGCGGAGACCGGGGAUCCACCGACCCUGAAGGCGUUGGUGGCAGGCAGAUCCUCGGCGACUCCACCUCCUCAAGGGUGGAUACAGGAGCAGAGGGGCUGCCAGGCAGUGGUGGAGGAAAGGUAGAGAGGCAGAUGGAAGGAGGUGGGAGAGGGAGGCUGGGUGGGAAUUCAGGCUCGGGAACAGUAGGCUCAGUUUCUGGGAGGCAGACGUGGAGCGCAGGCUUGGAGUGGCUGACGUGA